AUGCUGCCAGGGAUUGGCGCGGUUGCCCAAGGGUCGCUACUGCUGGGGGACGUUUCGAUUGACGGGGCGAACAUUGAUAUCGUGGUGGUGGACAAUGUUCUCCAGGCGGCUGCCAUUUCCCCCAGCUUCCGGAACCGUCAGCUUGUUUGCCCGGCGUCCGAUGUGGCCGCCCCUGCAUCUGGGCUGGAAGCGUUACUCUGCGGCACAAGUACCCAUGAUGUUCACCCUGAUAGUUGUGCUCGUUCGUUGGGAGAGUCGCCUGUUUGUGUUGAAGACAGCCCUAUGCGAGCUGAUGGGCCUAUCUUUGGGCCGUUUUCUCCAGACCAUCUCCCCAGCCUACCGUUGGAACAGGCUACUUCUGGAGCUCUCCUGGUUGCUGGGUUUGACGGUGCGAUUGUGGUUUCUGGGCAGACUGUAGCCAAAGAUGACGGGUGCAGUGCAGCAAUUCAGUCUGUUCUUUCUGAUGCUCCCGUGGCUGCUGCCACUGACUGUAAUCCUACUGGGCAAUUUCCUAGCAAGUUCCUAGCAAGGCUUAGCAGCCAAGUAGGACUGUACAGUAGACUAGACUUGACUGCUACAGCAGUCAACCUUCUCUUAGUUGUUGAGGUAAUUCUACCUGAGAAUGAAGCUGUCUCAGGAGGGGCUGCCUCAGCGUCGUCAGCUGCUCCAACUGAAGCAUCUCUGAUAGCUCAAGCGAUAGCUAAAUUGCCGCCAGAUCUUGCUGUCAUGGCUGAAGAUAAGAAGAGGAAGGCAAAAUCAUCAGAUCCUGGAUGGAAAUAUGGGUUUUGGCCAGACAUAGGGAAGAAAGAGUUCAUCCAAUGUAUUUUCUGCAAAAAGGUUGCCCCUGCAGGCAUUAAAAGGUUCAAGCAACACCUUGCUGGGGGAUAUUCUGAUGCAGUGAAAUGUGGUGAAGCACCUGAACUAGUUAGGCGUGAGAUGAAUGGUUACUUGGUCACAAGGUCAAGGACUCAGGUUCAGGUACCUACGGACACUGGGGUGGAGACAGAAACAGAAGAAGAAACAGAUCAAGGUGGAGGUGGUGCUUCUGCUGCUGCUGAAAAUGAACCAAAUGCUGGGACAAAGUCAAAGCAAGUUCCAAGUUCUGGGACAAAAUCAAAGCAAGCGAAAAAGAUAGCUCAAGCAUCAAUCACGAACUUUGUGGUUUCUGCUCCACCAAAACCUCAAACACAGAAGCAUUCCAAGUCAAAUGGAAUACCAUUGAAUGCUAUUAACUCAAGAAGCUGGGAGAUUAUGCUUGAGUCCAUUGGGCAAUAUGGUCCUGGGUAUCGCUCACCUUCAUACCAUGAGAUUAGGAAUCCACUACUUGAUAGGGCAGUGAACAAGACAGAGGAGCUGAGAAAGAAGCAUGAGGACGCUUGGAAGGAAUAUGGCUACACAAUCAUGUCAGAUGGAUGGACUGACACUAGCCACCGUCAUCUCAUCAACUUUCUUGCGAAUAGCCCAGCUGGAACAUUCUUCUUAGGUUCAGUUGACGCUUCAAGUGAGAUAACCAAUGCUUCUAUGUUAGCAGACUUGUUAGAGAAACAAAUUGACAAGGUUGGGAAGGAGUAUGUGGUGCAAAUUGUCACAGAUAAUGGAUCAAACUACAAGGCUGCUGGAAGAAUUCUUAUGGAGAGGAUCCCAACUUUGUUUUGGACACCAUGUGCUGACCACUGUUUGGAUUUGAUGAUGGAGGACAUUGGGAAGAUACCUGAGUUUAGCUCUUGCAUUAAUUCGGCUAAGAAGGUGUGUAGGUUUCUCUACAAGCAUGGGAGGAUUCUGGAUCUUAUGCGAGAGAAGAUUGGUGGUGAUCUUGUGAGGCCUGCCGUUACUCGCUUUGCUACUUCGUAUCUCACAUUAGCAAGCAUGCAUAAGAACAAACAGGGGCUGAGGAGUUUGUUUGUGAGUGAGGAGUGGCAUUCCAACAGCUUGUCAAAAAGUGCUGAAGGGCGGCAGGCUAAUAACACAAUCCUUUCCAUACCAUUUUGGACAAAAGUGGAGUACUGUAUAAAAGCAACACAACCCCUCCUCAUUGCUAUGAGGAUAGCAGAUGGUGAUGAAACACCAGCAGCUCCUGAGAUAAUGGCAGCAAUGGAUGCUGCAAAGAAGACCAUCAAGGAAACUUUGCGAGACAAAUCAUCAUUACUGAAUGAUGUAAUGGAAUGCUAUGACAAGAGAUGGGAGAACCAGAUGGAGCAAAAACUAUAUGGAGCAGCCCUCUUCUUGAAUCCUGGAAAGUACUUUGCCAUAAAGGAAAAGGAUAGGAGACAAGCUACAAAGCUAAGGUGCAUGUUUAAUGACAUUAUAUGGAAGAUGGUGCCUGAUGAGAGUGAAGCGAGGAAAAUAAGCAAGCAAGCUGAUGAUUAUGACAGGACUGAGGGUGAAUGUUUCUCAAAGAGAUUAGCAAUAGUAGAGAGAAAUAGCAAAAAUCCUAUUCUAUGGUGGGAUGCUUUUGGUGGCCUUGCAUUCGAGCUACAGAGUUUAGCAAAACGAAUUGUAAGCCUCUGCUGUUCGGCGUCUGGUUGUGAAAGCAACUGGAGCGCUUUUGCUCAUGUGCAUACUAAAAAGAGGAACCGUUUGGAGCACAUUAGGUUGAAUAAGUUGGUAUUUGUUAGCUACAACCGUAAGAUGACAUUCAGGUUUCAGAAAAUUCGUGAGCUCGGUUCUAAAGGCAAGAAAUCCAACCCAUUGCUGCUAGAAGAGUUUCAAUGGGAAAAUGAGUGGGUAGACAUCAACUGUGACCCAGUUCAUGCAUCUAAUGGCAGUGAUAUGCUUUGGACGCAUGUGGAUGAAGCUGUUGGUGCAACCGACCAGCUUAGAGGCCGCAAUAUGCUUAGGGCUGCUGCUGCUCGUGCGAGGAAUACUGUCACCCGCACAUAUGGGAGGAAUAACAAAAGGAAGUGUCCAAGUCCAAGGUCAGAUGUACCAGCAACUGAAAGCAGUGAUCAUGAAGAAGAGGAAAACAGAGUUGCACCAGAACAGCCACAAGGUGCAAGUGCAACAGAUGAAGAAAUGGAGGACCAGGGAGGGGAGGAAGACUCAGGCGGACCUGCAACAAAUGAUGGAAAUGAAGACUUCCAUGUGGACGCAGAUUUACUUCUCUAG